CAUUUACAAUAGUCAGGUAAUUAUUCAGUUUACCUCAUUCGCAAUCUUUCAACGAGAGCAAAUCUCCCAGUGUGCUUUGCGCUAGGAAAAACAAAAAUGGCGUUUCAGAAAAGUUGUUGAGGACGUAAGAGGAAUUGUCACCUGUGAAGCGGUGACAUAACACCUCAUUUCAAACACAGAAACCGAACAAAAUGCCUUCUCCUAAAGCCAAAAACAACGCCAAUCGCAGUGGAGGUGGGAGCCCAGGUCUCAGCGGCAGCACCAAUGGCAACGGACGCUACGAGUUCAUGUCGCUGAACCGAACCCCUCCAGCCACUCUCUUCCAGCGGCAGGGCUCCGACCCAACCGCUGCAGCCAGACUGCGGGCCUCAGAGAGCCCUACCCGGCGAAGAGGCUCCGGGUCCUCCACCUCCUCCAACACAGGCAUGCCCGAAGAGGACUGUAUGCGGCUUAACCCUUCCUUUAUCGGGAUAGCCCUUAGCUCCCUCCUCGCCAUAGACCUGUGGCUCUCCAAGCGGCUUGGCGUGUGUGCCUGUGAAGAUUCAUCCUGGGGCAGCAUUCGACCAUUGAUGAAACUGAUAGAAAUUUCUGGACAUGGAAUACCAUGGCUGGUUGGGACAGCCUACUGCCUGUAUAAGGCUGACAGUGCCGCAGGACAGGAAAUUAUGUUCAAUCUCUUCAUGGCUCUCAUUCUUGACCUGAUCCUGGUUGGCAUCGUGAAAGCGGUCGUCCGUCGGCGCCGCCCAUCCCACAACCGCAUGGACAUGUUCGCCACCUUCUCCGUGGACCGCUACUCCUUCCCCUCGGGGCACGCCACCCGGUCCGCCAUGUGUGCCCGUUUCCUGCUGGCCCACUUGGUGCUGGCCGCCCCCCUGCGGGUGCUUGUGUUCCUGUGGUCUGGUCUGGUGGGGCUGAGCCGGGUGCUGCUGGGAAGACACAACAUGACCGAUGUGCUGUUUGGCUUCCUGAUGGGCUACUGCCAGUACAACCUGGUGGAGAUGCUCUGGGUAUCAUCGCUGGGUAUGCAGGGGCUCCUGGGGCUCAUCCAGGGGUGAGAGGAUGGGAGGGUGUGGUAGGUGGGAGACAGACGCCCUGUCCCAAUAUGUAUGAAACAUUGACUGAUCCUGUCCCAUACUGACACUGUGGUCACUCAUCAUUGCCUGUUCAAGACAAACAACUACAAUAAAGCCUACCACCCACCAACCAUCCACCCAUAUGUAACUGCAAUCAGAAGUACCUAGGAGCAGGGUGCUCUUCCAUACUGUGAUAAGAGAGAGAAAGUGUGUGUCA